GGCCGUCCCCAGUAACGUUAGCAGUGAACGGCUGCGGGGUGCUUGCAAGCUGCCCUUGCUAGAACCUGACAAGUUUCCAUCUCUCGGCACGGCUGUUGACCACGGCGCCCGGGGGAGACCACAUUUAACAAACACGGGUCCGCCGGCGUGUACCCGCCAGUCUGGAUCCCGCCGUCGCUUUCUCUUUGAGGCUCUUCUCUCUUCCCAUCUUCCGCUGCUCGUCCUGCUGCCCUGACUCGUGAGAGCGUAUCACAGUGAAAGCUUAAACGGGGACAUUCUGCAGACCACAGCAUUUGCAGUCUACACUCGUCUAAUUGACAAUCGCUUGGAAUCAUGACGGCAGCUACAAUUGCGGGCGGGAAGCGGAGGUCGCGCUCUGAGGGGGAGAGUGACAGGGCCAGCUCGGAGCACGUAACAAGUCCUGCUCCAUCAUCACGCUCGUCCACAAAACCACACAUCCGUCAUCGUGCCUCGAUCGCGUGCGCAUCUUGUCGCGAAAGGAGGAUACGGUGCGUUGUAAGCGAAGGGGAGACAGAAUGCACUCAGUGCAAAAGGACAGGAUCUACAUGCAUCAUCAAGGAUGACGAUGAGCGGAGGCGUCCCAUAUCCAAGGCAUACAUGUCCUCCUUGUCGAACAGGAUAAGCCUGCUUGAGGCAAUGCUUAAGGAACGUGGCGUCAUCCCUCCUCCCGCCGUACACCCGCCCAAGACGAGACAAGAAGCACAGGCAAGGCAGCAGCAAGAGCAACGCCAGGGUCAAACCAACGGUGAACGAUCGAAGAGCUCAGAAGCAGGGAAGACUGCGCCACCACCCCUGAACCAACCUCCAACUCCUCCCGGAUCAGGGGACGAGGACGUCAUUCUGGCUGAGACACCGCAACCCAAAACCUUUCCCUCGGGGGGUCACGCGAGCCACUCCCGCAUGAUCGAUCCUCGGUUGCUGCAGGAGCCUGAGUCGAAGAAGGAGAGCGGAACGAGACAUCUCCUCCGCACGAGGGGGAGCUACGUCUUGGACCAGUCUGUUGGAAGGACGAGGUUCUUCGGCCCCACAGCGAACAGCCAUGUAUAUGCGAAACAAACGAGCAGCCUUAUUCCGUUAGAGCGGUCCGAUCACCUCGGCAGGGCCGAGCAGCUCAUCCUAGGGCUGAGGUCAGCCACCUACGACUACCUAAUGAGGUGUUUUUGGGAGUACUACAACUCCUGGCAACGAGUUGUUGACGAAUCCGCUUUUGAGACCGGUCGGACGACCGGGGAUUCGAGGUUCUACUCCCUGUUUCUUCACCUCGCCAUGCUUGCUGUCGGCUUUCGCUUCGCCGACUGGGACCGAGAAGACGUCAAGAUGAUUAUGGUGGGAAACCGGGAAAGCACAAUUCACCGCGAAGCCAAGGCCAUGCUGGGAGCCGAGCUCGAGAGGCCCGGCGGAGUCCCAAGUGUCCAGGCGCUUCUGCUUCUGGCUGAUCUGGAGUGUGGCGUCGGCCGGGACGCCACCGGGUGGAUGUACUCUGGCAUGGCGAACCGCCUCGCUUUCGAUAUCGGACUCCACGUCAAUACAACCGCAGCGGGUAUGUCGGAACUUGAAAGACAGACACGUCGGCAGGUUAUGACGUCCUGCGUCAUGUUUGAUCGGAAGUGGGCGCUGCUCCUGGGCCGACCAACCGCCAUCAAAACCCAAGAUAUCGGCGCAGACGUGCUUCCAAGAGCAACCGGGAAGCCCUUGGUAGACUCGAGCAUCGGGUCCGUGGCGAGCCAUGCUGCUAUCCACCGGCAGAUGUUUGAACUGUUGGAGCUGGCUGGCAAAGUCGCAGACUUUCAAAACUCGACCUACGGCCCUGCCCACCUCUUUCCGGCAAAGACGGUUGAAGAUAGGGCAUACCUUCACUUUGUCGGGCUGGAGCGCCUGUUCCAUAACUGGUACCGCAGGCUUCCCGAGAGCUUGGCCUGGAAGCCUGUCAACAUCAAGUCUGCACCCAUGGGGUUCUUCAUGCUUCAUCUGCAGUUCCAUAUGUGCAUGAUUCUUCUGCACAGACCUUGGGCCAAGUAUGGCCCGUUAUCUCUGGACGGAACGGCGGCCGCUCGCUACCCGAGUCCCGAAUCGCCAACUCAGGAGGACGGCACGGGACUCCCCUCGUGGAUGGCGCCUCUCCCACACCACGACAACAGGGCUUCAAUGUCUCGGAGCAUGUGCACACAGCAUGCAAUCCGAAUUGCUCGCAUCUUCUGGCACCAGCGCCAGCGGUUCGAUGGCAGGCGGGUCUUGUUGACGUCAGUCCAGUAUGCAGGAACAGCAGCGCUCGCACUGAUGGCUGCUCUGGCGCACAAGAGCGCCGAGCUGGAUCACCAGAGCAAUCUGCGAUACCUUCAAGUCCUUUCCACUGCCAUCUACGACAUGAGCCACCUCUACCAGCCAGCCGCAAGGAUGUAUCAACUUCUCAAGACCAUGCUCGUUGAGAUUCGGUCCGAGAUGGUUAAGUCCGGGGGCUUCGACGUCAGCUCAUUAGUUGGCCGGUACCAGGGCAGCAACAACAUGGCGUUUGGCAGCAAUCAGUGGGCUGGCGGGGCCGAAAACACUCGCUUGCACACAGAUCGACUGGAGACCAUUCACGAAGACGACCGCGCGAGUAAACGCCGCCGUCUCUCCAGCCUGUCUUCGGUGGACUUCUCGCGCACCACCCCUUCGUUCCUGACCAACUCCCAUCAGGGUUGCCCACCCUCUCCAGGAUCGGCUCAGAGCCAUAGCGUCAACUCUGCCGUACUUGACCAGACACCGUCCGAGCCCGGCAAUUUUGAUCUCGACUUGUUCCAUGCAUCGUUUGUGGACUUCAUCAAUGCCGGUGGCGACAGUUCCAACUCCCAGGAGUGGCCAGCGGCUGAUGCUGAUUCUUCCGCUCCAGUCCUGGUUCCUAGCAUGUCGGGAGAUCUUUUCGCCCUCAGCGGAAGCCUGACCAAGGCGCCCGCACAAAUCAAGGAACCUCCCUCUUCCACUCCACCGCCAAUCCCAGCGUCAGCCUCCGACAAAACGCCUGCUGCGCCCGAGGACGACGACGACACUGCAGUAGACAGGACGAUUGAAGAGUGGCUCGCCGAGCCAAGCAAGGCGCUAGCCCCAUCCCCGACCGACGACACCCCCCGAUCCACCACGACCGAAACCCACCGGCAAGCUGGAGAAGCACUUCCCGCCCCAACCGAACCACGCAACAGCCUCUCCCACGCCACCGCAGACGGGACGCCGAUUUGCCGGGACCCGUACGUGCUCUCUCUCGAGACGGAGCUCGGGAUUGGGUUUGAUCUGGGGCCAGACCCCACGACGGCUACAGGCACGACUCCCACAGCAGCUGGCUCCUCUCUGUCCUCGGGCAACAACGACACCACCGAGGAUAGCAUCACCGUCGACGCGAUGGACUGGCUCAACACCACCUCCCCUCCUGCUGCAUUUAACGUAACAACGCCGUCCCCUGCGCCUGCCCCCGCCGCUUCUGCCUCUACAGGUCUCACCGCGAGUCUCAAUGAGACUACGGCAGUGACGACGACGACGACGACGACGACGACGACGACGACGACGACGAUGGCUGUUGCAAGCACCAACACCGCACCACCCUUGGCGCCCCCGCCCCCACCCAUGACUCCAGUAACGCUGGACGAGCUGGUGCAGAGUGUCGAGGAGGCGGUGGGAUCUGCGCGGGCCAGGGCGAGGGCUCGUGCCGCUGCCGCCGCCGCUGCCGCCGCCGCCGUGGCUUCGGCUUCCGGUUCCGGUUCUGAAGGUGCCGGGGCCGGUAGCAACAUGGGCAAUGGUGGGACCUGUGAUGGUGCAGUGGCGGGUGCGGGGUCGCCGACGGCUUCGAUACCCGGUUCGGCGGGCGAAAGGAACCGGGAGUUGGACUUUCUGGUUCUUUAAAAGCUGUUUGCAUUGUCAAAGUAUUUGAUGUGCUGUGUUAUGCUUGGCCGGAUCAGGAUGGGGGAGUCUAAGCGGGGAUGGAGUUGUAAUGUGAUAUGCCAAGCUAUAGAUGAUCUGGUUUAGAAGGUUUCAGGAAACGCCUCUUAAUGCUCGUAAUAAACUUAAAGAACUGAGAUGUCUACUAACGGAACUGGGCAGUGUAUGUAUGUAUGCUUGUUCUUGAAGGAAGUUUGUGUUUGAGGUCUUUUCAUGGUAAUUAAGACCUGGCUUUUGAUUGUUAUGACCUCCACCAUAUUCCUGAGCUGUAUACACCGUCCCUGAUUAUAUUUACAAACUACGCG